AUGACUAAAAGCGUGGAGAAGGGGAUUGAGUUUUCUGCCAUCAAUGAAGAUGGAAGACCCAGUCAUAUAUGGAUUCGAGAAGGUCAGGACGACCACGUUGUCUGGAAAAUACAAGACGCUCCGAACGUCAUCGACACACACGGGAGCCUUGCAAACAGAGGGCCAGACGGAAAUUUCAUUGAGGACCAAAAGUUCAUACCCAACGGCUACGAUGACCAAAUUGAGUAUUCCGCUUUCGAAGGAAUUCCCACAGAGCAGGUCAAAGGCUAUUUCCGAACAGCCGACUUCCUAAAGGACCCGAGUCUUGCCGGGAAGGUAGCAAAGGGCGAGGAACCCGCUGGGCUUUUCGUUAAGAAUCCGGAUUACAAUCCCAAAUUCGACAACUUGCAGCACAGCGGUCCGCGUCCGGAACUCGCCGGGUUUCCUCCGUACAAAUCAAACCCGCCAGGGUCUCCUUCUACGGGUGAGAAGUUUGAGGCAUGGGAUAUCGAACCCUGGAGCAAAUACUACAAGCCAGCGAUUAAAGAUCUUCAAGAGUCUCUCCAGCAAGCGGUGAAGACGUUUGCGGACGACUCCAGCAAGUCGAUCAGGAAGGAGGUCUGUGGCAUAGCGAGCAAGAGGGACGGCAUGCUGCGCAAGAGAGGGGGCGGCCUUUGCGACGGUUUGACGCCCACGGAGCCACAGCCCCCGGCAAAGGAGGAGCCCCCGGGAAAGGGGGAGCCCCCGGAAAAGGGGGAGCCCCCGGCAAAGGAAGGCCCUCCAACAAACGGACAGCCUCCUACAGACGACCCAGAACGGCCGCCGACGGCCAAGGAGCAGGAGGUGGCGCUCGCGGCCGAGACGGCGUCGGAACGCGACUUCACCGAGCUCAUGGUCGCGUACAAGGUGGCGCCCGUGGCCCAGGAGCGAUGGAAGAUGUCCCUGUCCGACGUGCGCACCAAGGCGCUGGGCUACAAGCGCCUCGGGCCCAAGGCGCCGGCUCUGCGCCCCGGGGCCCUCGGCAAGGGCAUCACGUCCAAGCUCGGGGGCGGCGUCUUCCUCGGCGCCGUGCUGUGGGCGCCGGGCGUCGUGCUGGCCUUUGUGGCCAACACGACGGCCCUGGACCGCCUCGCGGCCGUCACGUCCAUCGUGCCGCUCGUGGGCUGUGCCACGCAGGCGCUGGCCAAGGCGCCGGACCACAUCGACACGGUCGACACGGCAUUGUGCUUCCUCGGCGACGCCCUGAUCCUCGGCGGGGCCACGGCGCCGCUCGGCAUCGCCGUCCACAUUGUGCGCGCCAUGGUCCAGGCCUUCAAGCCGCCGCCGGAGCUGCCGACCAAGGAGGCGACGCGCCAGACGCGCGACCAGACGUGGCUCGACUUCACCAGGAACAGCAUCUACAAGUACCUGUACUCGGACAAGUAUUACUACGAGAAGGGCGACGGCUUCGCCACCAAGCUGGAGAGCGGCCUGGCCAUCGAGGCCGCCGCCGUCCUGUCCCACGGCGCGCAGACGCUGGGCGUCCUCAACGCCACGGGCGCCCGCGCCAUCGAGGAGGCCAAGACGGGCCAGGAGCAGACGGAGAUCCGGCGCGGCCUCGAGGCGUCGAUGCAGGGCAUCCGGGACCUCAUCCAGGCCAACGUCAGCAGCCGCCAUCGCAGCUACCUCGUCGGCCUCCCGGCGCUGCUGCGGGACAACGCCUACGAGUCGCUCAAGGUGACGGCCGACAACUACAACAACGACCUGAUCACCGAGGUGACGUCCUUCAAGAACAUCCAGCGCUACCCGGCCGGGGCCACCUGGGACGACAUCGCCGGCACCAUCAGCGGCGCCCCGGUGGGCAGCGACCCGUACCGCGACGCCCGUCCGCGCAUGGACGACAUCGCCGCCUACCUGCGCGAGCAGCCCAUCCGCAUCCCCGCCCGCCUCGACGUCGCCUACGUCGUCGGCCAGUCCAAGGCCCUGGCCGGCCGCGUCGACCCGCGGGUGCUCUCGCCGCAGGCCUACCUGGCGGAGCAGUGGCCGAAGUGGCAGCAGUCGUCCAUCGACGAGCUCUGCAUCCGGAACGCGCUGCGUGUUGCCCUGUUCCUCGAGGGCAAGUACGACGAUGCUCGCAUCAAAGACUUUGACGCCGUCAACUCCAACAAGGUCUUUGACGGCCUGUCGCUGCUCACGGCCAUCAAGUUCGGGAGGAUAUACGACGAGUUCAAGGUGGCGUAUGCCUACGAGCAGUAUAAGCUCUAUCUCCCCGAGUCUGCCAUUCCCUGGGUCACCCUGCCGGCGGUUUCUCCUCUGCCCGUCACCAAUCGCCCUUCCCAUCCCUACAUAAUGGGCCUUGUUCUGGGCCUUACCGACUCCAUCGUGCAGGCCGGGGUUGGGAGGGGGGAUCAACGGGCUCAAGCACUUGUGGCCAAGAUUCUGGCUACGCAGCAGCUUUUCUCUCCCACGUCAACCAUCGCGAAAGAACAACGCACCAAGUUUUACCGAGACAAGACCAACGGCUACAACAACGGGCAGACGACUGAGUGUAUCCAAGGCAAGUUGAACAGGUUGCCCCCCAAAGAGGUGCUUGCCAAUAGAGGGAACUUGCCCCUUGGACACCUGGGCAAGGAAUGUGUCGAGGAGCGCUUCCAAGCCUGGCUGGCCAAGCAAGCGAAGCAAGCGUGA